UUAACCAAGAAUACAAUGCAAGCCUUCAUCGCAACAACCCUUCUCAGCUUCGUCGCCUCGGCUCUAGCCGGUGGCUACGGCGGCGGUUACGGUGGCGGUUACGCCCUGGGCGCCACCUACGCUGCUCCUGCGGUUGGCUACGGAUACGGAGUAGCCGCUCCCGUAGCUGCCAAGACCCUGGCCUACGGCGCCACCUACGCCGCUCCAGUGGCCGCCUACGCCGCCCCAGCCGUCACCAAGACCGUCUCGACGUACGCCGCUCCCGCCGUUGCCUACGGCGGAUACGGAGGCUACGGUGGCUACGGAGGCUACGGUGGCUACGGCGGCUAUGGAGGAGGACUCGGAUAUGCUGCGCCUGCUGCCGUCGCAACCUACGCCGCCCCCGCUGUGGCUAAGACCGUCGCUACAUAUGCCGCUCCCGCUGCUGUCGGCUACGGCUACGGAGGUUAUGGCCUUGGCGGCUACGGCGGAUACGGCGGAUACGGCCACGGCGGAUAUGGAGGAUACGGUGCCGGAUACGUGGCCCCCGCUGUCGCCUACGCUGCUCCCGCGGUGGCCCGCUACGCCGUCCCGGCUGUAGCCAAGACCGUAUCCGUGGCUCCGGCCAUCGCCAGCUACGCUGUGCCGGCCGUAGCCAAGACGGCAGUGACGUACGCCGCCCCCGCCCACUACGGAGCCGCCGUCGCCGUGCCGGCCGUGGCAACCAAGACAGUCGGCUACGGCCUCGGCUACGGUGGCUACGGAGCCGGGUACGGAUCUGGAUACGGCAUCGGAUACGGUGCCGGCUACGGUCUCGGUUAUGCGGCGCCAGUCUACGGCCACUACGCCUCCAAGUACUACAAGAAAUGAGCGGUGAGUAUCAACCAAUCAAGAGCCGCACGUCACAGCAGCUCGCAAGCUUUUCGGGCUUCCACCAGGCAUCAGCGCAUCGAACGAGAUUCACCAUCGAGACAAGCUUCCGCGCUUUUUUCUUCGUAUUUAUUUUCCUGCUCGGCUGACUCCGUGCUGCCGACGCUUCUCUCGUUGAAAAUAAUAAAAAAGCU